AUGGAGAAGAUGCAGGAAGAAUAUGAAAAUGCAGUGAGUAACAAAAGAUGGGAUAAGAAGCAAGAAUGUUUUGUCAACAAACAGGGUGAACCGGUUGUUCCCAGAAGUGACAUAGUUCAUGAUGAUGUUCUUUUAGUAAUUCCUAGAUCUGGCGAAUAUUAUUCUAAUGUUGCAAAAGACAAGACAUAUGUAAAAAGGCUGGAUAAAAUCAUCAGGGAUGCUAUGACAACAAAACUGAGGAAGAGGAAUGAAGAAAGAAUGAAGAAGAAUAUUGAGAAUCUGGUUGAUGAUUUGAAGAAAGCUGUUGAGGAGGUCAAGGUUGAAGAAAAAGUGAAAGAUGGAGUUGAGAAAGUUGAAGAGAAGGUAGUUGAGAAAGAAAAGGUUGUAACUGAAGAACAGCAAGUUGAAGAAGCCAAGAAGGAGAAGGAAAUUUCGAUAGAAGUGAAGGUUGAAAGUUCAACAGAUGUUGCUGGUAAUGUUGUUGAUGAGAAGCAGCAGAAAGAAGCUGAUCAGACAGAAAUAGAAGCAAACACCAAGGUGCCAAUCACUGAGCAAAAUAAUCUAAGAGUAAAUAGAUCCAUAAGUGGGUCAAAAAGUGAAAGACUUGAAGCAAUUUGA